AUGGAUCUCAGCAGGAUGCCAAGGAGGGGGGCCGAGGCCAAGGCGGCCAAGGCGGUCGCGGCCAAGGCCAAGGCGAAGGCCGAGUUCAUGCUCGGCGUGGUGCCCGCACCCGCCCUACCCGAUGUCGUUCAAAGGGGCGGAAGUGGUGGGAGUGGUGGAAGUCAAGACGACGUCUCGCCAUUCCAGUCCAGCAAUCAAAGUCCUGCGUUGCCGGUGAGCCCCGCGAGCCAGGCUGUCAGGCCCACGCGUAGCAGGUGCUCUUCCAUGAGCCAGAUGCGGUUAGUCGCAGACCAGGAUCUCCUCCGCAGGGCUACGCUCAUCUUCGCGAGUCGGGAGGACCUGCCGGAGGAUGAAGAGAAGUGUCGAGCUGCAGACUGCUUCAUGGUGAUCGUGAGUGGCUUUCUUCAAUUGUUCAUGGGGCUUCUGCCUGGAGGGUGGUCAAAGCGCCGGCCGAUUUCAUCCCUCGUCAUCGCGGUGGUCUUGACUGCUACGCCAUGGUUCAUCAGCCUGUAUGGGAUGAUUGUGUGCUCCGGCAUGCCGCAGUGGAGCCACGUAAUCCACCUCAUGGAGCAAACGUCCUUUCUGGCACUGCUCUGGGGGGUGAGCUGCUCCAAAGGUUUCCGUGAACUUGUGAUGGUAAGGAUGCACGAGGUGCAGGAGAGGCUCGACUCGGCCAUGCAGUCUUCGAUGAAGUGGGAUUUCAUGCCCAUCUUCGCCGCCAUGGCCAUCUGGAUGCUUUGUUAUGCGGCGCAGCUCCAGAUGAGCCUCCAGGUGGAGACUUCUUGGAGUUCUUGGAGUGGUUUGCUGCCCAUGCUCCCCGCCCUGCCCCGUGCCGCAUGGGCCUACACCCUGCUUCGUUUCAACCGCUUCUUGAUCCUCUUGGUGGACUGCUUUGCUCAAUCUUCCGCCCGGCACAUGGACGAGAUGAACCUUGUCUACGAACAGUGGGCGUGUAUCGUCGCCUUUGCUGGCCAGGCUUCCCGUUGGACGGGCACGGUCUACUUUCACAUGUCGACCUUCUCGUUCCUCGGCAUCUUCCCGCCUUUGACAGCAGUGUUCCUUGAUGCACAGCAUGGCUACACAGAGAUGCUGCUGCCACAGCUUUUUGCCAGCAUUGCAUACGGUUGUCUCGCAGCGUACGUGCUGCACCGAGCAGCAGCUGUAAGCCGGCAGCGGGACAAUGCGGUGGCAUGCACCAACAGCAUUCAGUGGGCCUUGUCACCAUCUCAACGCAGGGACCACGACAUCUUAGUGAGCUACAUGGCGCGCAGUGACUUGGGCAUUUCCAUGUGUGGCAUAUGCGUGACGCCAUCUCUUAUGCUAAAGCUGGCGUCCAUCUUGGCGACCGCUGCCUCUUUUCUUGUAGCCCGCCUCGUGAGUCUUCCGGAGGAUGAGAAGGCGGACAUUGCGGACCAAUGGGAUCGUUUCAUUCAGGCCUUCGGGGCUUAG